AGUGACAUAAAUGGCGGAAUUGUGCUCAAGCGCCAACAUUUGUAUUUAAUUGAGAUUUAUAAUAAAAAUACGUGAAUAUUUUCAUCGUCUAAACACGCAGCAAUUCAAUAGGGCCAACAAAUUAGCCAUUCAACAUCGAACAGAGACUUUUAUUUAAGUGCGCGCCAUGUACAAGCGUAAAUCUGGUGGUGUAGUACCAAGGCAGCGGAUCACUGCCAGCAGCAGCAGCCCCGAUAUUGAUGACUCUGCCAGUGGCCAUGAGGCCGAGUCGGAAUCAAAAACCUAUGGCACCUUCCACAUAGACCUACCGACGGAACCACAAAAACCCAAAAUACAAAUACAACAGCAGCAACAACAAUCAACGCAAACAUCACAAACACCACAGCCCCAUAGUCAACAGCAGCGCUCGGUGGGUUCGCUGGUGUUGUUGACCCAAAAAUUCGUUGAACUGAUGAAACAGAAUGGUGGCUCGAUUGAUCUGAAAGAGGCCACGAAAAUCUUGGACGUGCAGAAACGUCGUAUCUAUGAUAUCACCAACGUCCUGGAGGGCAUUGGCCUGAUUGACAAGGGCAGGCACUGUUCGCUAGUGCGUUGGCGCGGCGGAGGUUUCAACAAUGCCAAGGACCGCAAGGAAUACGAUAUUGCCUGCGAAAGGACGAAUCAUUUAAAAACAAUCGAAGAGGAUCUGGACAGACAAUUGGAGUAUGCGCAGCGUAAUUUGCACUAUAUUAUGCAGGAUCCAACCAAUCAAUCAUACGCGUACGUAACACGAGAUGACCUACUGAAAAUCUACGGUGAUGAUUCCGUCUUUACCAUACCCAAUUAUGACGAGGAGGUGGAAAUUCAGCGCAGCGAUCAUGAGUUACGUGUUUCGUUGGAUAAUGGCAGCACGAUCGAUAUACGCCUGGUAACCAACCAGGGCAAGGGUACGACAAAUCCAAAUGAUGCGGAUGGGCCAUUCGAUGAUCGGUAUUUGGACACACCAUCGCCAUCGUCGUCGCCGUCGCACUCCAGCGACGCAGGCGCCGGCACAGGCAACGUAAUCAAGGACGAGCAUACGUACUCUUGUAAUCCCGAGCUGAAGGAGGAGAUGAAGGCACUCGAAACUGAGCUGACGGCGAAAGUAAUCUUUCAAAAUUAUAUGGCUGGCCACUCACUGAGGCGCUUCUAUCCCGAUGAUCCACAUUUAGAAAAUCCGCCGCUGGUGCAACUGAAUCCACCACGAGAAGACUUUAAUUUCGUACUGAAAAAUGACGAAGGCAUCUGCGAGCUAUUCGAUGUACAGUGUUAGGCAAUUCGCGAUUGUAAUUGGCCGAGUGCGUUGUGCAAAUAUUUAAGAUUAGUAAAAUUUUGACCUUUAAUAUUGUUUUAUAAUGUAGACAUUUUAAAUUAGAUUAAUUGUAAUGUACUUUUGGGCCAAUAAAAUACGUCGAUGC